GGGGGCCCCGGGAACAGGAGGGUCCUGCCUCCCGGAGCUGAGGGACUCCAAGGCCUCGGGAGUGAGGGGCGCUGGGUCCCGGGGCUUGGGGCUCAGGGGUCCCAGGCCGCGGGGCUGUGCCCGGGAAAACCAGCUUUUCCGGGAUACACGGGGCUCGGGCUGCCGUGUUCUUCUGGCUUCUCCAUCGCGCGUCCCGCUGUGACACUGUGCCUUGCCCCGGGGCAGUGACCCCGCGGGGCUGGGGCUCCAUCGCGGCGCUCGGAGGAAGGAGGGGGCCCUGCAGGGAGUGUUCUGGGGAGCUCACACCGUGCGAGCAGCUGCGUUUGGGUCAGUUUGCUUGCUGUUGCGGGAUCGCCGGCAGCGCUGCCCGAGCUGUAACAGGCCCCAGCUGAGAAAUACUUCCCUGUGUUCCCUGUGACCUCUUGACCUGCAAGCUGGGAGCAAAUAUCCUACAGGAUGUUCCGGCUGCGCUUCCUGCCCGUGGCCGCGGGGCUGGCGGCGGUGUCGCGGCGGUACCACGGGACGGCCCCGCACCCGGGCACCCGGCGUAGGCUCCUGGUGGCGGCUUUCCUCGGCACCUCUGCAGCCACAGCGAGUGCCAGAUUCCUCUGGCAGAGGGCCUAUGCAGAAGACUCUGUCAGACAUGGCCCGAGGGCAGAGCCAGGGGAGAAGAUGAAGCACGAGGAGGAGGAGGAGGAGAGCAGCAGCGAGGGCAGGAGGGCAGUGGCGUCGGGCGAGGAGGAGGCGCCGCCCGAAGGGAAGAAGAAGAAGCGCUCCGGCUUCAGGGACCGCAAGGUGAUGGAAUAUGAGAACAGGAUCAGAGCCUACUCCACACCAGACAAAAUCUUCAGGUACUUUGCCACGCUGAAGGUCAUCAACGAGCACGGCGAGUCCGAGGUGUUCAUGACCCCGCAGGAUUUCGUCAGAUCCAUCACCCCCAACGAGAAGCAGCCAGAGAACCUGGGCCUGGACCAGUUCAUAGUGAAACGCUACGAUGGGAAGAUACAGGUUAAAUUUUCAUCUAAAUUAUUAGCUGAGCUCAUCCCCACUCUGCAGUCACAUACAAUGAAGCUGUCCCAGGAGAGGGAGAGGUUUGCUGACGAGGACAGCAUUUUCUACGCGCUCGGAGAAUGCGGCCUCAUCUCUUUCUCCGACUACAUCUUCCUCACCACGGUCCUUUCCACUCCCCAGAGGAAUUUUGAAAUCGCCUUUAAGAUGUUUGAUCUGAACGGUGACGGCGAGGUGGACAUGGAGGAGUUUGAGCAGGUGCAGAGCAUCAUCCGCUCGCAGACCAGCAUGGGCAUGCGGCACCGGGACCGCUCCACCACCGGCAACACCCUCAAGACCGGCUUCAACUCCGCCCUCACCACCUACUUCUUCGGGGCUGACCUCAAGGGGAAGCUCACCAUCUCCCACUUCCUGGACUUCCAGCGCAAGCUGCAGCAUGACAUUCUGAAGCUCGAGUUCGAGCGGCACGACCCGGUGGACGGGCGGAUCACGGAGCGGCAGUUCGGGAGCAUGCUGCUGGCUUACAGCGGGGUGCAGUCCAAGAAGCUCACUGUCAUGCUCAAACAGCUCAAGAAGCACUUCCAGGACGGAGAGGGCCUGACUUUUGAGGAGGUGGAGAACUUCUUCACUUUUCUGAAGAACAUAAAUGAUGUGGACACGGCUUUGAGCUUCUACCACAUGGCUGGAGCUUCUCUUGAUAAAGUGACCAUGCAGCAGGUGGCCAGGACAGUGGCCAAGGUGGAGCUGUCGGACCACGUGUGCGACGUGGUGUUCGCGCUCUUCGACUGCGACGGGAAUGGGGAGCUGAGCAACAAGGAGUUUGUUGCCAUCAUGAAGCAGCGCCUGAUGCGAGGCCUGGAGAAGCCCAAGGACAUGGGCUUCACACGGCUCAUGAGGGCCAUGUGGAAGUGCGCCCAGGAGACAGCCUGGGACUUCACAGCUCCCAAGCAGCAGUAGCAGGGCUGGGAAGGAGCACCCCCAUUCCCUGGAUCAGCCCCCGGGCACGGCAGGGUGGCACCAGGCUCUGGAGAGCCCAGGCCGGCUGUACCAGGAGGGUUUUGUCAGCCCAAGUCAGAAAUCCACACCUGCUGUAUUUGCUCGCUGCUGGCUCCUCCACCUUCCUCUCUCUCAGGAACAAGGAAAGGACUUCUACUGGCACCACCUCCGUGGCACAAUGCACUCUGAUCCAGAGCUGGGCCCAAAUCACCUUUAUUUAAUGCUAUGAAAAAUGGCAUGGGGGGUUUAUUCUGAUUCUCAGCCUGCUCCUCGGAAAAGCCAGGCAAUUCCUGGACAUUCUGGAUCCCAGGCCAGGGUUUCAGCCAGCCAAAAGCUCUGUGCUGCACCCGCUGCAGAGGGGCAGCUAAAAGCAGUGCAGCCCUCCUGCCUUGCACAAGCAUCCAGCUGCAGGAGCUCCCUGCCUGAUCUCCCGAAUGGGGAAUUGCACUGGGAAGGGGCUGGCAGGUGUGGUUUGCCUGGGGGCUGUCCUCUGUAAAAAAUACCUUGUAAAGAUGUUGCUCCCAGCA